AUGGGAGACCUGCGGAGGUGCCUAGCCAGCGGGGAGUAUGGCGUGCUGAAAGAUUGUCCCCUAUUUGAAAGCAAUUUUAUGCAGGUUACCAAGACAGGGGACGUAGCCAACAGGGUCACCGUGGGCAUUGCCGCCACCAGCCCGAGCCUGGAACUGCCUGAUCUCAUGUUGCUGGCACGGCCGGCCCCAUCCUUAACGGGGGAAUGUGAGUGCCAGUGCCCUGAAGCACUGCCAUUUCCUGAGGAAGAGCUGCAGCUUUUUGGGCUUCUGCCCUUGAAGUUUGUCCGCCUCUACAUCCAUGACGAGUCACGAUUCCAGAUCAAAGUCCGCCUGGCCAAUGGCCGCACUUUCUAUCUGCAACUUAUCACGCAUCCCCUCAAACAGGAGCACGUCUUUGGGCAGUGGGUGCGGCUGCUGUACCGCCUGCGCUUUUACCACUCAGACGCUCCCAUCACCUAUGAGCAGGGAGCUGCGGCCUACCGCCAUCAGAACCGGAGAACAAGCGGCUUGUCAUAGCAGGAGGAAGAGAGCACAUGGGCUCUAGGUGAGGAAGAAGAUGCACCAGGGAACCAAGGAUUUCUUUAUCUGCCUCCCCAAAACUAAUACAGAACAAGGUUCCCCUCCCAGGCAGGCUCCCUAGUCUUGGAGAAACGUCCUCCCUGUGCAAAGUUGCUGCAGUGACCCCCGGUGAGGAGACAA